UUAAACAGGACAUAGCUUUUUUGCUGGCCCUCCUCUCGCACUGUGCUUUUUAUCCACAGCUAACAGAGACAUUCAUUUAGGUAUGAGUUCAUCAGGGGAAGUUUAUAUCUGCAACUAAAUUUGGUAAUUCAGACCAGCCUGCUCUGUCUCUCCUAAAACAACAGAGCUAUAUAUAAGCAGUUUGUCCAACAAUUCCAGCGAGGUUUGCAGAGAUCCCAGAUAAUUUGUCCGAAGCACGAUUGUUACAGAAAAUCACAUGCCUUUUGGAUUGGAUUGAUCAGAAGCCUUUUAUGUUAUGUCUUAGAAAACAGGCCAUGCUGUCCGAGCAAUAGGAAGACUGUCAUCCAUGGCAAUGAUUUCUGGUAUGAGUGGGAGGAAGGCCUCUGGGAGCUCGCCUACCAGCCCUAUAAAUGCAGACAAAGUAGAGAAUGAAGAUGCUUUCCUUGAAGAAGUGGCUGAAGAAAAGCCCCAUGUAAAGCCAUACUUUACUAAAACAAUCCUUGACAUAGAGGUUGUGGAAGGAAGUGCUGCUAGAUUUGAUUGCAAAAUUGAAGGUUAUCCUGACCCUGAGGUAAUGUGGUACAAAGACGAUCAGCCUGUCAAGGAGUCCCGUCACUUCCAGAUAGAUUAUGAUGAGGAUGGGAACUGUUCUUUGACUAUUUCUGAAGUAUGUGGGGACGAUGAUGCCAAAUACACCUGCAAAGCUGUUAACAGCCUUGGGGAAGCCACAUGCACCGCAGAACUCCUUGUGGAAACAAUGGGAAAAGAAGGAGAAGAUGAAGAUGAGGAGGAGGAAGAAUGAAACAACGCUUAAAGAAAAAAAAAUUUGAAAAAAAUGUAUUUAAAGACUCUCAUUAUAAGGCUCAGAAAACCAAGUUAUCAAAAGCACCUUGCGUGAUACGUAGGUCUUUGGGGGGUUGUCUUUUCAGCAUGAUCAGUUGAUACCUGUUUGCUUUACAUAUGGGCAUUAAUUCAAAUCAGCAGGCAGUUUUAAGUUGCUAGCAUGAUUUGAUUUACUUUAAGCAAGUCAUCAACUAAGUUGCCCAGCCUAUUUUGAAAAUCAAAUGUGUGGAAAACAAGUCUACAGUUAUAUUCUGAAUGACUUAAAGAAAAACAGUCUAUUUACUGAGCUCAUUGCUCUGUACCAUCACUUUCCUCAGCCAAAAUCGCAGCUAAGUUGGCUCCCCAAGAUCUACUUUACAAGGAAUCAUUUGCCAGACACACAGUGAAUCUCUCCAGUCCUAAGAAACAGGCUGCUCCCCAAGCAGUAUCUUCUAUAAGGGAAGGUCUGACACAGCCAACAUUGCAAUUUAUAUGUUGGUAUGGCUCAUUUUUUCAUUUGUUUUAAACAGAAUUUCACGGUCCUAACUUCAAACACAUUUACUGCACUUUCUCAGUGUGCCGUUAGUGCCACUGUAAUACUGGCAAAAGUUAAACAUCCAGGUGGUUUCCUGAGAUACCUCUGAUCCUGCACUUAACCAGCUGAUCACAUCUUGUUGCCUUUCCCUUGUAGAACCUGCCACUUCAGUGCAGUCACAGCUGCCCACUUAAGAAAACAGACUGAAAACAUAAAGACUGAGAAUAUUUUCUGUU